GUAAAGUUUGGUGACCAUUAACAAGUAACAUCAUCAGCAGCAGCAGCUGCAGGAGGUGGUGUUGAUGAAGCCAGCAACCAGUGAGAGGUGAACAACAUGAGUAACAUGAAGGUAGAAGUGAACAUGAAGGUGAAGUGUGUACUGCACAAGUUGUCAGGAGAGCAGGUGAGCCAGGAGGAUGCUGUGCUUCAGGGAGAUGCUGUGCUUCAGGGAGAUGCUGUGCUUCAGGGAGAUGCUGUGCUUCAGGGAGAUGCUGUGCUUCAGGGAGAUGCUGUGCUUCAGGGAGAUGCUGUGCUUCAGGGAGAUGCUGUGCUUCAGGGAGAUGCUGUGCUUCAGGAUGACACAGUGCUGCAUAAGCUACACACUCACCUCCACCUCCUCCUCACUAAGGAUGUUAAUGGAUAUGAAUGGGCACAAGAAGUUGGCUUGGUGUCCUUCAUUGAGGCUCUGCUUGCAACAUGUGCCAAAGGCAAUACCAAAAAUCCUGCCACAGUAGCAUUUGCCCUGAAAGCCUUGGCAUCACUUAUUGCCACUGAAGAGAACUUUGAUAUCUUCAUUGAAGAAAAGGUUCUUUGUCACUUCCUGCUUAUUCUGCCCAACAUACGGAGCGAUCCAUCUCUCUCUUCAUCUGCACUCAUUCUCGUCCAGGCUAUCUACAAACAUAAAGCUGGUCUCUAUUGGCUGAUCAAAAAUGGAAUAUGGGAACAAAUGCUGCUACCUUGCCUGCGAAGCCCCAGCAUGUUUGUACAGCGAGAAGGCGUACAUGUCAUAACCUCCUUUAUGUUGCUGACUCUUGAGACAAAGCAUUUUGAGUCUUUGCUCAAGGACUUAUUAAUCAUUUCGGAUAAGUUCUGUGAGUUACGGCGACAAGUGAGCAAGGCAGAAGGCGAAGAGCUCAAACAGAGUAACUUGUGUGUCUUACAAAUUUUUAAGCAAUUAUUUUUACAGACUCUGGGGAAAGUUUCCGUUUACUCAGCAAUUGGGAAUGUUGCAAAAAUUAAUCAACGACUGCUCUCGUUGCUGAAUUACAAGAUUUCAGUUACAUCUGUGACAUGCUGCACUGAUGUGUUGAUACUUAAUAUUUUACACAAGUUCCAGGAACAGUUGAUGGGCUAUGGCAUUUUAGAGCAGUUUUUACUGGAUUCCUUAUGUUGGGACAUGAUAUCGCUUACCCGUCUGCUGUUAGAGAAGGGCUACAUUGAAUCCUUUCUCAGGUCAUCUGUCAACACUCACAAGUACUGGAUGAUUAUGGUGCAAAACCUGAAGGACACCAAGGAUAUUGACUUGACCUCAGUCGAAGCCUUGCUCCACAUUGUCACAAACUUCCAGGUAACUUCAAUACUUGUACUCUACCGAUCUUCCCUGGAUGACUUAUAUAAAGAGUGUCCAAAGAAAAGAGAAGUUAUGUUAAAAUGGAAUGAUGAGAUUCAUAGUCGCAUUAAUGUCAAAGAAGACAUCAAGGUUGAGGCAUCCAAGCUGGAGAAGCAGAUUGUUGAAUCACUAGAUAAGGACCCACACGAGGCCAUCCGCCUGGCUGUUGUGUGUAUCUCAACUUUCACAGGUGCUACAGAGUAUCUCAAUCAAACAUGUGCAGUGACAGUCUUCCAAGGGUUGGUGUUUCUGCUGAGUUCACAAGACUUCGAUUAUUCUCCGAUGAGGUAUCAUUCAGCUCUACAGAGAGCAGUAAUUGAUGGACUGCGGGAGCUGGUAGAAAAAUUUAACAUGGACUGGAGAAAGUGUUAUGCUUCUGUGUGUCUGAUGGCCAAGUUAUGUGAUGUUGUAAAUAUUCCAGGCAUUCCCCACAGGUCAGUUAAAGUGUGCACACUGAAGGCCAUGAACUCUUGUAUCAGUGGCUUUAUACCACCAGUCAUGUCAAUGUUGGUGAACAGUGAGCAGAUGGAGAACAACAGCGUUGAACUUAUGGGCAGGGUACUAAGUAUAUACCUGGGUGACAGAGACUGGGAGGUGAGGGACUCAGCAUUAGAGAUUCUUGUCACCUGCAUGAAGCUAGCCAAAGAAAAGUAUCCGCACUUUGUUGACUGGCUGCUGCGCUACAAACUAAACUUGGCUGUUAUGACCGCUCUGGGGGAUGUUGAAGGCUAUGUAAGAGCCAGUGCUUUCUAUGUCCUUGCAAAUAUAAUAUCCAUCGAGAAGGUAUACACAGAAUUGAAGGAGGAGAAUUUGGCACAUAAAGCGCUGACUUUUUCACUGCGGGAAGGAGAAUCCACUGUUAGAAAAGCUGCCUUAACUCUUGUACAAGAGCUUUUCUUGGCAGGCAAAUACAGCCAAGAAGAAAUAAAUGGUUUGGUCGUAAGAGUUGUACAACAUUCUGCAGAAGACCCGGAUGACGAGGUACGAAUAACAUCUCUGGAAUUUAUUCACACUCACAUCCUUUGGACUCUUAAUAAAUCAGGAAUGGUUGAUGGAGAGUUUCCCCAAGUGACAUUUAGCAAAGGCAAGAUUAUAAAACUAGACAAAGAAAAAGUGAGGAGUCUUGUUUACACUGUUCUCACUUGGAUUUGUGAGUGUGGUUACUUAUGCUCUUUACUGACAUGUGUGAAGGAUCUGGUGAUCAGUGUAGCAGCUAAAGCCAGAGAAAUUUUCUGCUUCAUUAAUGAACUUGUCACACGUUAUGAGAUACAUUUGGAAGGCAAUGUCAAAACUAGAAAACUGUUGGAAAAUAGUAUUGCAGAUACCAAAGUCAAGGAUCGCGUGAAAGUGGAUGCUCCGAGUGUUGUGAAUGUUGCUGGUCAUCCCGCUGUCAUCAUCCCACAGUCUAAAACACUCAGAGAUGAAAUUGAUAAAACCAUCAGUGAUAUUCUUAGCUCUUCAUCUCUGGAGUCUGUGACAAAAAUUAAGCGAUCAGUUAGUGAGUCCAUGGACAAGUGUCCUCUCUACUCUAGGGCUUUUCUUCUCACGCUUGAAGAUGUUCCAGCAGUGAAGCCAGCAUUUCCACUCUCCUGUCUGUUACAAAGCAUAGAGAGUCUUUGUCAGUGCAAUAGCAUCAAUGAAGAUAACAAAUACCAAAUUAAUGAAAUGGUUUCAUUAUUGGACGACAUUCUCCUGGACGGAAGCGAACAGCAAUCUCAUAUUGAUGACCAACGGGUACGGGACUGUUACUGAGAACUCUCAAGCACCUCUCAUGAGGUUUUCAUAGAUGACUGUGAUUAAUAUGUCACAGAAAGAUUAUACCCUUGGCUAGCUAUUCCUAAGGAAAGAAAACAGAAGAGAGAUAAGAGUAAUUAUUGUUAGAAGGCUAAUUAAUAUCUUAGAUGAUAUAAGAAACUGACUUUGAGAGGAAAAUUCUCCAUAAAUUACAAAUUAUCAAAUUUCCUUUUAAUCGUUAUAAAUUAAUUUAAAUGAAAUGAUAAGUCUAUGCAGUAAUUCUCAAAAAUCUCAAACAGGGCAAUGAAGGGAAUGAUCAUAAUGUCUAAAUCAUUGUAUGUAUUUGAGCAUUAUCUUACUACCAUCCUUGUCCUAUUUGAAUACUGUUUAAUAUGAGCUAUGCAAGUAUAAAACAUUACCAAAUAUUUUCCUACUAGAAAAUUUGUUUAAUAAUAUAUUCUAUAAAAUAGAAAUAACCUAAAUGAUAUAUCAUGCUUGGUAUUUUUUUUCAAGGUGGGCAUGGCUACCUGUAAGGGGAAUGUAACUUUUUUUUCUUGUUAUUCAUAAACUCGACUGGGACAUUCCAUAGGUAGUGUAGCUUUGUACAAAACAUAGAAUGGUAUUAAUUUUUGGUACAAAAAUAUUAUGAUUUUAUAUUGAAUAGUAAUUAUGAUAGAAAAUAUUUACUUAUAGUGAUACCAGGUAGUUGUUCAUUAAUACUAAUUGUCCUGCUCUAAGUUGUUUAUGAAAUUAGUUCACAUUUACAAGAAGACAGUUGGAAACAAAACUUACAGAGGUACGGGAGGGCCCCGUUUUACAGCACUUUGCUUUACGGUGUUUCCCUAAUACAGCACUUUUCAGUUU